AUGAAAAAAUCAAUAUUAAGUCCAAGUCAUUAACUAAGUUCUCCAUCGAGUUCUCACUUUAGAUCAUAGACCUGUGGUUCUGGAGUGAUUGACCAAUCGAGGAUCUUGGAGGAAACAACUGAAAGAUUUCAGAGAACUUGGAAUAUAUUGGAGAGUGUGGAGGAGUUUAAGAAUGUUAGGUAGGUAGUGAAGUAAGUGACAACAGAGCCAAACGUUUAAUGUGAAUGUUAAUUGGGGGGCACGAUAAUCUCAGGCAAGGUUUAUAAAGUAGCUCCAAUGGAGUUUUAUUAUUGUAAUAUUGGGACCAGAGGGCAGAAAUCUCCUCUGAAUUGUACUACAUUUUGUGACGGGGAGUUUUAGAUAAUGAUUUCAUUUAAUUCACCUUUUCCAACAAAGUUCAAUUGCGAUUAGGUAAUUCGAAGUAGACAAUGGGCAGUGAGACAUAAUGGGGAAGAGAAAUUACAUUUGGCAGUAGUUGCUAGAAAGUAAACAGAGAUGAAGUUUAUGGUUCAUUUUGGAUAGGCAGAUUCUUUCCGCAAAUUGGUGCGAAUGACUAGUAAUCAUGAAAGAAUUCCAAUGAGUGACGAGAUACCAAAGACACCUUAAUUCAUAGUGAAUUAGAAUAAGGUUCUAGCAUUUAAGAAGGUGAACAAAUUCGAGAUGGAGGUUAGUCGAUCAGAUCGUUUUUUACAGGUAUUGAAAACAAGAAAUCUGCAAAAGAAGUCCGUUUUGGAAGCCAAUUAAAUUAAGAACCUUGAAUUUAAGGCUAAGGAGUGGGCACAUGAUGAAUAUAAAUUGAUAACCUCGGCCUUACGAAACAGAGAGAGGAGAAGAGAAUAAAAAUAUCUUUGGUUUGAAUUACUUUAUUACAUCAAACUUAUAGACACAUUGAACACUUUGUUAUAGUAGAGAAGAAAGCAAUUGAUGAAGAAUAAGAUGAUGGUGAUAGGUUUGUAGUUGAGAAUCAAGACAUUCAGGGAGAAUCGAUAGAGAGAGAGAGGAGACAUUCAACAUCGAGUUAUUGGAGAUACUGUGUUGUCUUUGAUGAUGUUUUGUAAGUAGGCAAGGAGGAGAUUCAUUCACAAUUCUUUGGGUUCUGUAUUGCCUUUGUUGAAGUGGAGAGCAUCAUUGUUUAUGUUCAAGAAGAAAGCUAUGAUAACCAGUGGGAAGUUAUAGUUGAUCAAGGUGAAUCUUAAUCAAUUUGUAAGGAAUGUGAGAGAUUACAAGGCUAAGAUGAUUCAAAAAUGGGAUUAAUACACUUUGAAGAUACACUCCGUUCCGUCUCUAUAAAAAAUGGAUAAGAGAUUCAUCACUUGGAUCAAGUAUCUCUAUGAAAAGGGAUAUCAAACAUACUUUUAGAAUUAGUUUAUCACUUUGUUGAUGAGGGAUCGUUAUAGAUCUCAUAUCAGGGAAUAGCGGGAAAUCAAGAAAUAUAGAUUGGAAUUAAAGGCUGCCAAGUUGUAACUGAGAUUUGUUAGAGACACUGCGGAUAUUGUUACUUUGAGAUAGAGAAUUUUCAAAUUGAACAAUGAUAUAUUUGCUAUGUAAGUGAAAAACUAAUUCUUCAUUCAUUCAGAUGUUGAACGAUUUGUAAGUUCAAUUCUAGAGUAGAGCUCAUUUAUCUUUUUAGAUGAGGAUACUAAUCAAUUAAAUUAAGAGAAACAAUCUCGCAUGAAAGUGAGUUUGAAAAGAUAGAAAACAAUGAGAAUCUCAAAGAAUCUUUGA